UGCGCUCCUGAUGGCCGGUACAUGACACACUGCUCAGGGAUUACACACACCACACACACUCUCUCUCUCUCGCACACACUCACAAACACACACACACUCACAAACACACACACACUCUCUCUCUCUCUCACACACACACUCACAAACACACACACACACACACACUCUCUCUCUCUCUCUCUCACACACACACUCACAAACACACACACACACACACACACACACUCUCCCUCAGCGCGCAUUAAUCCACUUUUUAUCCUCAUCGCUUUAUUCUUCUCUUCCUCCCCGUUACUUUGGAUACUUUUGUUUCUUCUGGUCUCUGGGAUUGUUCUGUGUCUCUGAACAGGAGCUCGUGCAGCGGGGACAUGGCCGGGAUCCGGUGGAACUUUACACCGCUUUUAUUGUCCCUGUUAUUAUUAUCACUAUUAUUAUUAUUAUUGUUGUCGCCGUCGUGCGCGCUCCAGAUGGACCGGGUGCGCGUGAGCUCCGUGUCCGCGUACGGUGUGGAGCUAGUGGGCGUCGGUGGUCCGGUUCGGACCCGCAGGACAGGCACGAGCACGAGCGGACUGACCCAUCACAUGAAGCUCUCUGGGGUAAAUGUCUGUGGAGGGCAGUGCUGUAUCGGAUGGAGCCAAGCACCUGGAUCUCAGCGCUGCACAAAACCUAACUGUCUUCCAAAAUGCCAAAAUGGUGGCAUGUGCCUCAGGCCGCAGAUGUGUGUGUGUAAACCUGGGUCGAAAGGGAAACUAUGUGAGCAGCCCACAUUGCCCACUUCCUCUCAUCCAUCCAGUCCAGCGAAUGGACACACGAACGGACACGGUAACGGACACGCUCUCGUUCCGCAGCGUCCGAUUCCCCAGCAGGUUUUCCCACAAGGCCCUGCUUCAUAUCAUCUACCCAACACUAACAUGGCACACAUGACCCUGACCAUGAAGGCGGCACCAAACAGCAAACAGCCAAUCCCCUUUCAGCAACAUGUACAGCAUCCUCUCUCAAUAAACAUGCAACAGGGUAAAAGUCAGAAGUUUGUGAUCAAGCCGAAGAUUUAUCCCUCACACAACACACACACUCAUCUGCAUGGAGGCGGAUACACACCUGAGCGCAGCAUCCCUCUGAGUGCCGGACACCACUCACUACACGUGGCCAACCACACGGGUCGGAUCAAACUGGUCUUCACUCCGACCAUCUGCAAGCUGACGUGUAGCGGCGGUCGCUGUCACAACACCUGCGAGAAAGGAAACACCACCACCAUCAUCAGCGAGAACGGGCGCGCCACUGACACGCUCACCGCCCCCAACUUCAGAGUCGUGGUGUGUCACCUGCCCUGUAUGAAUGGAGGGAAGUGUAACACACGGGAUAAAUGCCAGUGUCCACCGAACUACACUGGAAAGUUCUGCCAGAUGCCAACACAGAGUGGUGCAAGCAGCAACAUCCACACCACACACACACUCCCACUGAGCUACAGCCACAGCCAAGGUGUGGUGAAUAUUCAUGUUAAUCAUCCCCCCGAAGCAUCAGUUCAGAUCCAUCAGGUGUCUCAGGUGGACAGCAGCAGCACUGUACAGAAAUUCCAGCAGCACAGCACGUAUUCCAACCAGCAGAGCUUCCUGCACUACCAACCCGUCACCUCUAAGAGCCAGCUCGGACGCUGCUUCCAGGAGACCACCAGCACUCAGUGUGGGAAAGCCCUCCCAGGUCUCUCUAAGCAGGAUGAGUGCUGCGGGACGAUCGGCACUUCCUGGGGAUUCCACAAAUGUCAAAAGUGUCCAAGGAAACAGUCGAUUCCUCUGCUCGAGUGUCCACACGGGUACAAGAGGUUUAACAGCACUCGCUGCAUCGAUGUAAAUGAGUGCCAGUUACCAGGUGUGUGUCCUAACGGGAACUGCAUCAACACACCUGGGAGCUACAGGUGUUUGUGUCAACCAGGAUUUAUCCCCGACUCCACACUCACCAGCUGCCACUCAGCUGAAGCCCUGCCCCCUGUGCGUGAGGAGGAGAGGGGGGCGUGUUUCCGUGUGUUUGGUGGUGGGCGUCAGUGUUUACACCCCGUCUCCACCGAGCUAAGCAAACAGCUGUGCUGCUGCAGCGUGGGGAAGGCGUGGGGGGGCAAGUGUGAGCGCUGUCCACUGCCCGGAACAGCUGCGUUUAAGGAGAUCUGUCCUGGAGGUUUGGGUUAUCACGUGACCAACCCGUACAUCUAUAAACCCAAACCUCCUCCUGCUCCUCCUGUGAACCCGGAGGUUUACGAGCGAGGUGACACACACCAUCCCACGCUCAUACACCCCAAACCCACCACAGCCAUCGCACCGCUACCCGUCCCCACGGUCCAGAAACCCAUUGAGGCCUUCGGCUUCACCGAGAGACACCUACCAGUGGUGGUGGAGAAAACCUCGCCCGCUGCUCCAGUUGUCCUUUUACCAUCCAGCGCUAGUCAGGACAUUAACCCAACUCAGUUUGCAGAAGUGAAUGAGUGUGUGAUCAGUCCUGAUAUCUGUGGUCAGGGUUAUUGCUACGACACGGCCGAGAGCUACAACUGCUACUGUGACGACGGCUACAAGCUGAGCGACGAGGCCAACACGUGUUUAGAUGUUGACGAGUGUGUGGAUGAUCCUCAUCUGUGUGUUAACGGUCGCUGUAAGAACACACCUGGCAGUUUCACCUGUGUGUGUGAGCUGGGCUUUCAUCUGAACAAAGAGAGAACCAGCUGCGUUGAUUUAAAUGAGUGUGAAGCUCCAUACGUGUGUCCUGAGAACAGUAUGUGUGUGAAUACAGUCGGCUCGUACACGUGUCAUCAGUGCAGCAAAGGAUACACACUGGGUCAGAGUGGACAGUGUGAAGAUGUAGAUGAGUGUCAGAAUGGGAGUGUGUGUCCGUCUGGUCUGUGUUAUAACACACUUGGCUCAUACAUAUGCAGCCCAUGUCCUGAAGGCUUCCAGGGCAAAGAUGGCAAGUGUGUGGACAUUGAUGAGUGUGUGGACAGAUCUGUGUGUGCUCACGGUCAGUGCUCCAAUAGUGAAGGUUUCUUCAUCUGUACGUGUGAUGAUGGUUUCGCUCCAACUCCAGACCGCAAAGCCUGCACAGACAUUGAUGAGUGUCAGGAUGAGAGUGUGUGCACGAGAGGUCACUGUGAGAACACAGAGGGAGCGUUCAUCUGUCACUGUGAGAGCGGAUUCAAACUCUCAGAAUCAGGAGAUCAGUGUGAUGAUGUGGAUGAGUGCCAGGAGCUGACGGGGCUGUGUGAUGGUGUUGGUCAGUGUGUUAAUAACAUUGGAUCGUACCACUGUAACUGCCCCCCAGGGUACAGGCAGGUCAAUGACACUCGCUGUCAAGAUGUAGAUGAGUGUGAAGAGGAGACACUGAAGCUGCACAGUGUGGAUUGUGUAAACACUGAGGGCUCAUUUUACUUCAUCUGUGAGCCCGGAUACGCCCGGACACAGGAUCCACCCGCUUGUGAGGACAUGAACGAGUGUGAGCUCCUGAGCAAUGUGUGUGGGGAGGCUGUGUGUGAGAACGUACCGGGUUCUUUCGUGUGUGUGUGUCCUGAAGAAGGCUUCGAGUUCAACCAGAUGACGGCUAAGUGUUUACCCGCACCUAAAGCCUCGUCCACAGAGAGGAGAGUGUGUUACUACAACCUGAGCGAUGAGAAUCUGUGUGAUAACGUUCUGGCCAGCAGCGUGACCAUCGAGGAGUGCUGCUGUACGCUGGGGGCAGGAUGGGGUGACAACUGUGAGGUUUUCCCCUGCCCUGUCCAAGGCUCGGAUCCGUUCGCUCAGAUGUGUCCAGCUGGAAAAGGCAGAAUUCCAACUGGAGAAAACACCUCACCUGCUACCUACAAAGAUGCUGAUGAAUGUGAAAUCUUUAAGGAUGAGAUCUGUAAGGACGGAUUCUGUCAGAACACACCAGGAGAAUUUGAGUGUUACUGUAAAGCUGGACUCUACUACGAUGAGACCAAACUACAGUGUGUAGACACAGACGAGUGUUCAGACGGGUUGAACUGUGUGGAUGGUCAGUGUUUAAACAAUCACGGGUCGUAUCAGUGUUUCUGUUCACCUCCUCUGGUGCUCGAUGAGACCAAUAAGCGCUGUGUUUUCCAUGAGGUUGUUGCAGAGCCCAGUGAGCAGCAGGGUGUGUAUCAGGGGAUCUGUUGGCAGAAUGUUUCUCCUGAACACACCUGCACCAACAUACUGAGUAACCAAGUGACCACUUACACUGAGUGCUGCUGUCUGUAUGGAGAGGCUUGGGGGAUGGACUGUGCACUGUGUCCUCCUAAACAUUCUGAGGAUUACGCCAUCAUGUGUAAUAUUCGAGACUCCGGAUCGGUCCGGCGGCCGUACGGUCAGGAUGCUCUGGUCGCCGGACCUGUCCAUGAGUACGAGGUCGGCUCAGAGUAUGACUCACGAACCUUAAACCCAAACCCGACCUACUACGAGGACUAUGACGAUUCUAACAUGAGGAGAUACGAGGCGUUUGAAGGACUGCGAGCUGAGGAGUGUGGAGUGUUAAACGGCUGUGAGAAUGGACGCUGUGUGAGAGUGCAGAAGGGAUACACAUGUGACUGCUUUGAUGGAUUCACACUCGACAUGUCCAGAAUGGCCUGCGUUGAUGUAAAUGAAUGCAGCGAGCUGAACAAGCGCAUGUCUCUGUGCAAAAAUGGAAAAUGCAUCAACACACAAGGUUCAUAUAAAUGUCAGUGUUUGCCGGGAUACACGCCAUCAGAGAGACCCAACUACUGCGUUCCCAUCAUGCCGAGCGCUCGCACCGGCACUGAAUGACCACCAGGGGAUGCCACCUUCUAACUAACACACACACACACACACACACACACACACACACACACACACACAAUCUCUCUCUUAUUUAAUCGAAGCCCAUAUAAUCUGCACUGUAUUAUAUCACACACACACACACACACACUCACACACACACACACACACACACACAAACAUAAUUCUACUUGAGAUAAAGGUAAAAGUUUAACACACUUCUAAUCUUAUUGAGAGAAAACAGAACUGUAUAAAAUUGCGUUUACUGUCUUUAGGUUUUUCUCAGUUAUUAAAUUAGAAGGAAUUUUUCAUGUUUUUUUAUUUUCUUGUAUGUUUUUUAUUUUUUAUUUUAAAGAGACAAACCCUAUGAACUGAAGCCUGGGGGAUUAACAUUCUUUUCCUCUCUUGUCCUUCCUUCCCUCUCUUUAUCCACAAUCCUUUGCGUCAGUUUCUUUACCACAUUACCUCCACAUCAUAUCUCCAUGCCGUAUUAUCCAGACCAUAUCUCCACAGGGUAUCUCCACACCAUAGCUCCACACUGUAUCUCCAAACCAAAUCUCCACACUGUAUCUCCACGCCGUUUCUUCAGACCAUAUCUUCAUAGCAUUUCUUCACAUCAUAUCUCUACACCAUAUCUCCACUCUGUAUCUCCAUGCCAUUUCUCCACACCAUAUCUCCACAGCGUAUCUCCACACCAUAGCUCCACACCAUAGCUCCACACUGUAUCUCCAAACCAUAUCUCCACACUGUAUCUCCAUGCCGUUUCUUCAGACCAUAUCUCCACAGCAUAUUUCCACACCAUAUCUCCACACUGUAUCUCCACAGCAUAUCUCCAUGCCAUUUCUCCAGACCAUUUCUCCACACCAUAUCUCCACAGCGUAUCUCCACACCAUAGCUCCACACCAUAGCUCCACACUGUAUCUCCAUGCCGUUUCUUCAGACCAUAUCUUCACAGCAUUUCUCCACACCAUAUCUCUAUACCAUUUCACCACACUGUAUCUCCAAACCAUAUCUCCACUCUGUAUCUCCAUGCCAUUUCUCCACAUCGUAUCUCCACAGCGUAUCUCCACACCAUAGCUCCACACUGUAUCUCCAAACCAUAUCUCCACACUGUAUCUCCACGCCGUUUCUUCAGACCAUAUCUUCACACCAUAUCUCUAUACCAUUUCUCCACACUGUAUCUCCAUGCCAUUUCUCCACACCAUAUUUCAAAACUAAAUCUUUUGAAAAACACUCAGUUCUACAAUUCUACAAAAAAUCUUAAAGUUUCCUCCAGAGGAAUAACUGAAGAACCCUUUCUGACUCGAGUCUAGGUAGCUUCCUCUUAAUAAGUUUUGAAGCAGCCAUUGAAAACACUUUUAAAAUAAAUCUCACUAUGACGUAACGUUCCACUAUUAAAGCCUUCAAGCUAACAGCCUGCCUGCAAAUCCGUGAAUUAGUGACUAGCAGUGAGAUGCGAAUGCAGUGCAUUGUGGGUAAUAUACAUUGUUAGAAAGGUAUUAGCAUUAAGAAGAAAGCUGUUGAAUGAAUUCACGUUUAUGAUGUUGGUUUCUUUACGAAUAAAGGAAAGGUUCUGUUAAGAACACGUGAUGAA